AGCAAAGAUCCGAAUGGCACCAUGAAGACCCCAGCCCCACAUUUCCUUCCCCAGGGGGGCAUCCACUGCCAACAGCACCACCAGCCAUGCAGCGAGGACAUGUUAGGGGCAGACAAAGCAUCCCAACUCCCAUCCCAAAACCCCCAGAGCUCCCGCCACCCCUCUGUUGCUGUUGGCCACGGCUUGGGCGCAACACAGCCCCAUCUCACCCGUCAAAGGCACUGCCUUCAAAGCACCACCUCCUCCUCUCUGUUGCCCCCAUUUCCAGCAUCUUUGGGUUGAAAAAUGGCCGGGGAGGGUUUGGCAGAGGAGCCUCGUGCAGAUUAUUCAACAAUUGUUUCCCAUUUUGCGCCCUCGCCUGCCUCAUCCUCCAGUAACAAUGACGAAGAGCGGCGCGGAGCCAGCGCCCGCGGCAGGGGUGUUGAGAUCAGGGACAGCACAAAAAUAUCUCCUCUCUGGAACAAAUAUUUACCAACCCCUCUGCCUUUUGUUCUUGUGGUUCUCAUAUAUUUUUUUUUAAAUUUCUUUUUUUCCAGACAUUCACUGGCAAAAUGUCACACUAAGCAGAAACCCAGAAACUUCGGGGUAGCUGCUUGGCUGCUCUGGGCUUUGUUUUUCUCGCGCGCUAAUUGUUAAUGAGUAUCCAGCCAUUUAAGCCAAUGCAAACCUGUGAGAAAACGAUCUUUUCAGCCCUGACUUUGGAGCUUUAUGGGCUUUGCAAAAUCCAAGUGGUGGAUAAGGAAAACAUGCAUCAUCCUGCAGAAUGGGGUUGUGGCAGUACCAGAGCCAACCUGGAGUAGAAAGUGGCAGAGCCAGAGCAGGAGCUGGUGUUGUCUGAGCUGCCAGCAUCACUCCAGAGCUGCAGCAGGGAGGUCCCCAUUCCUGGAUGGGGAUAAGUUCAAUGGGGGUGAGUGCCGUGCUACCCCCAUCCCUGGUCAGCUCCUUAACAAACUCCUUCUCCCUCCUCUGCCCCACCACAGGUUUUUCUUUUUUCCCUUCAAAAUCAUAAUGCCUCUCAUGUCCACAUUUAUGGCGGCCAAACAAGAACAUGUGGUUAUUUUAUGGGUGUUGUGUUUAAAGAAGGGAGGGGCAAACCCCUCCUCUUCUGGAACAUAAACUCAGAUCUUUGGUUAAUAAUUAACUGUGGCCAUAAAACAUAAAACCCCCGAUGUAGGAGCAAGCAGAGCUCACCCCAGAAGCACUGCUGGGCUGUCACCUCACACCAGUGCCCUGCUGACCACUGACCACCAUCCCCUCCCAUCCACUCCAGGAUGGCUGUGUCACCCUCUACCUAUCCCCGUCGCCUCCUGCCCCUCUUCCUGGGGCUUUUCCAGGGUGCCCUGCUCCUCUUCUUUGCCCUCUUCAUCACCUAUGAUGAGCCCUCGGCGCAGGCAGAGGAUACCAGCUUGGUGGUCAACCAGGCCUACAGCACCUUCCCCUUCUUCCAGGACAUCCAGGUGAUGCUGGUGGUGGGGCUGGGACUCCUGCUGACCUUCCUGCCCCGCUACGGGUUCAGCGCCCUCACCCACAACUUCCUCCUGCUCAACAUCUCCAUGCAGUGGGCGCUGGUGCUGCAGGGCCUUCUCCACCACUUCCACCACGGCCAGAUCCACCUGGACCUCCACAAACUCCUCAUCUCUGAGUUCGCUGCUGUGACAGUGCUCAUCUCCGUGGGGGCCAUCCUGGGGAGGGCCAGCCCCUGCCAGCUGCUCGUCAUGGCCACCUGUGAGAUCCCCCUCUACCUCGCCAGUGAGUGGGUCAUUGUCACCUGCCUGGGCGUUCUGGAUGUGGGCGGCACCAUCACCAUCCACGUCUUCUCCUGCUAUUUUGGCCUUGGCGUGUCCAAGGCUCUGUUCAGGGCAACACAGCAGCCACUGCAUCCCAAAGAGACCCCAACAACCAGCUCUGACCUCAUGUCCCUGGUGGGGACACUCAUCCUCUGGGUUUUCUGGCCCAGUUUCGUGGCCGUCCUCUGCCAACCGGGCGACGCCCAGCACCGCGCCAUCCUAAACACCCUCCUGGCCAUGACUGCCAGUGCCAUAACCACCGUGGUGGCCUCCAGCCUGCUGGAGAGGGACGGCAAGCUCAGCCCCGGCCACCUGCAGAACGGCAGCCUGGCCGGCGGGGUGGCCAUUGGCGUGGUGGCCGACAUGGCCGUGCCACCAGUGGCCGCUCUUGCCCUGGGCAGCCUCUCGGCCGUGGUGUGUGUCCUCGGCUUCAGGUUCCUCACGCCGCUCCUGGCGAGGAAACUCACGCUCCACGACCAGUGUGGCAUCCACAACCUCCACGGCUUGCCCGGCAUCCUUGGCGGCGCCGCCAGCGUCGUGGCCGUCCUGGUGGCACCCAAAGACGCCUCCGGGUCCCUUCCCUCUCAGCUGUCCCCUGCUGGGGGCAAUGCCAGCGAGGUGGCGGAGGGGCAGUGGGGGGUCCGCGGGGUGGGCGGGCAGGCGCUGUGCCAGGCAGCGGGGCUGGCGGUGGCCAUCGGUGCCUCGCUGCUCGCCGGGCUGCUCACCGGGAGCGCCCUGCGGCUGCCCUGCCUGGCCCGGCCGCCCGAGCGGCUCUGCUUCGAUGACUCGCUGUAUUUUAAGAUCCACGAGCAGGCUGAGAGCCCGGGGGCAGACAGCAGCGCUGAGGAAGGAGCCCUGGCUCUGCAGGAGCAGGUUUAGGCAGUGGCGUUCGUGCAGCAGCAGGGAGGGCCAGGAUGUUACCGGCAGGAUCAUCAGGCAGGAGAUGCUGCCUGCUCUCAGUCCUGCCCCAUGCCUGGAGCCAGCUGUGGAGGAUGCCGGCAUAGCUGGGUCAGCAUCGUAGCACUGGCCACCUCUCUGUCCUCCUACCCUGCAGCUGCAAGCCCCCUCCCGUGUCCCAGUGGCUCCCAGCAUCCGUUCACUCCCGGCGGCAGCCAGAAGAACGACCUGCUCAGGGUGUCUCCCCAGGAUGGUUAAUAGCCCCCGAGAAGCCCAGACGGCCGCUCUGCAGGGCACUGGCUUCGGCUGCUUUACUCCCUGUGUGCAGCAUCACCCUCAGUGCUCACCCCGACCCUCAGCUCCAGAUUCUCCUGCCCACAACAGGCAGCACUCGGAGGAGGCUGCCAGCUCAGGCCACAGCUACAGGAAAGGAACUCAGUAUCCACUGCCUGGAAUGUGGAACUUCAGCAGCAGGGAGAUGGCCCCAAGCAAAGGACUUUACAGGGAUCUGAUAACCUGAGCCGGGCAAUUCACCCUCCAGGAGAGUUUGCAAAGGGAAGCGCCAAUCCUUUUUACCACUGGUGCAGCAAUGAGGAUGCAGCCCAAGCACGGCGAGGAGCCUCGGAGAGAGCCAGGAUGCAGGAGGCACCCGCAGGCCACAGCACCCUCAUCCCACCCCGAAGCUGAAGCUGGGAAAGCUGCGCCAGCAUCCCAGGAAGAGCAGCGGCCCCAUCCCAUCCCAGCACGGGCAGCGAGCCGCUUCCACCCUGCGGAGGACAAAGCCUGCGGUCCAUGGCUGGCAUACGGCAAGCUGGGAGCGCGGGGCCGCAUCCUGCCCGGAGAGCGAGGGCUGUGAUUCACAUCCCCCCCGCCGUGAA